AUGGAGCUACCUCCGCUGACGAUGGAGCAGCUCUCAAUGCUGGUGGCCUCCAAUUCCCCACCUUCACAGCUGUUUGAGGCCUUGACGGAAUAUGAGCAAGAGGCAUGUCUUAUGACAGAGACCGGUGGGAAGAAAGAAGUGAUCAGAGGCGAUAUACAGCUACUGAGCUUGUUCUACUCGAGCUUCUUCUUUGUUCAUCUCCUCACUGACCAAGUACCCGAAGCUCGCGCCCUGACGAAACGAAUGCCCAAAAGCCUCACACAACAAGAUAUCGCUCUCCAGAACUGCAUGACCCUCUUGCGAGCAGUAUGGCAGACUGAACAUGGCCAGGUCUACCAAAUUCUUCGGGGAUCACCAUGGCCAGAAAGGCUACAGCCUUUAAUAAAAAGAUAUGAAAGUUUCUUCCAAGACAAGACCUUGAUCUCAGUGAGCAGGUCUUACGAAACAAUUCGGUUGCCCGUUGCUGCAGGCUACCUCGGCCUAGAUCAACAAUUAGUGGAGCAAGAGGACCCAAAUAUUAUAGCAAACUUCACAAACUGCGGUUGGAAAUGGGACCUGGACACGAAGUUGCUGCACCCGAAGCCUAUCAUGGUACGCCCCGCGGCAACCCAACCCAACAACGGCAUCCGCGAGGCGAUGGGAAUGCUCGGGUCUCGCGCAAGUUGA